ACACUUUUAAAUAUCUCAUUUAGAAUACUUGUUUUUACAAAUAAUCAUGACAAGCGUCCUUCCUUCAAGAAAUCCAGAGGGAACAUACAGUUUUGCUAGUCAGCCUAAAGUGGUAGCAAGGAGAAAAAUUUAUCGGGAGAAUAUAGAAGAAGAUAUAAACAGUAACUACGGAAAUAUCAUGUACGAUAGGAGAGUAAUCAGAGGAAACACAUACGCUUUGCAUGUAUUGCCUGCUCAUGCUCAGGCCGAUCCUAUUGAAAUUCAGAAACAAAUAGAAAGGAAACGUAACGCUAUUGCUCGUCGUAGAAUGCGUGAAGAACUCAGACCGAAAUCCCCAUUACCUCUAGAUGGUAGACUUCAUCAACCAGUUCAGACCGAACUUUACUUGGAAGCUCUUACGGAACAAAUCGAAGAAGCAGAUGAAACUUGUCAGACCGAUGACUUUCUGGACAGACCACCUACUCCACUUUACGUACCAGCCAAAGUUGGUGUGGAUGUAAUGACUCAAAUAUAUGAAGGAGAUCUUUUUGACUUUGAUUUAGAAGUUACACCAAUAUUAGAAGUUUUGAUUGGUAAAACAAUUGAACAAUCUUUACUCGAAAUUGCGGAAGAAGAAGAAUUAGCUAGUAUACGUGCUCAACAGAAUGCUUUUGAAGAAAUACGUCAAGCUGAUCUUUUAGAAGUUGCUAGACUUACAGAGCGUGAAAGACGUAUACAAGAAGAAAAAGAACGACGUAAAGCUCAAUAUCUAGCUGUAAUUGAACAAGAAAAAGAAUUGACUACAAAAGUUGCUGCACAAGCAUUUGCUAAAGCCUAUUUAGCUGACUUACAAACACAUGUAUUUAAUAAUUUAACCGAAACCGGUUACUUUUAUGAUCCAGUUGAAAGAGAUAUUGAAGAAGGAUUUUUACCUUGGCUCAUGGAACAAAUCGAUGAAGAACUUGAAUUAUGGAAUGAUGCUUGUCUAUUAUUAGAUGGAAUGAUUAGAGAAGUUGUUCAGGAAAGACACCAUGAAUAUCGGCAAUUAGAACUAAUGGCCGCUGAAAUGGCGUUAAUGCAAGAAGCAGGUGCUGCUUUAACAGGUCAAUCAGACCAACCAGAACCAAGUGAUGAGCUUACCGAAAAUAGCAAAAUUGAAAAUAUUAUUGAAUCUUCUUUUGAUAAAGAACCAGGAGAAGAAGAAGACGAAGAAGAACAAACUGAAAAGGAUGACCGAAACGAUGAAGGUGAAAUACAGGCGGAAGGGGAGAAAGAUGAACCGAAUAGCGAAAUGAACGAUCAGAAUGGUGAUGAAAUAGAUGAAGAAUAAUGUCACGUUGACAAUUGGAAUAUUUGGUUACACUGAAUAACUGGGAUCUACGGAAUGUGAUUACUUAUUUUAUCUUGCAGAAACUAUAUGUACAAAUAUCAAAUAUUUAUUUACUUAAUGAAAUACAAUAGAAUGAGCGAA